CCUUAUUCAACUCUAACCAUUAAAAAUGUCAAAAGUCAAAGCAAGGCCAUUUACCAUAAACGAAGAGUCUUCUUAGCUUAUACAGACUUGAUCUUCUUCCCCUUCUCUUCUUCCCUUCUUCCCUUCCCUCCUCAUUUAUAACCCCCAAAAAGGAAUAAAAUGAUUUCCCCCACUCCUAUUUAGUUCUUCAAGUACUUGAAACCCUCUUCUUAAUCUUUCCAUCUUCUUCUCUGAUCUUGAGAUUAACAAUUGCUUCGAUUACAGUAACCCAUCUACCCAUAUCAUUAGUUUUAUAUAUAAUCCUUCCAAUGGGUAAAGCAAGAAAGUUCAAUUUGAAUAUUGAAGCUUCAAUGGAGUUUUUAAAGCAGGUAGCCAUUGAUAAACCUUUUUACUUGCUUCUGGUGCCUUUGAUUUCUGCUCUUUGGGUUUUUGAGAAAUGGGUUUUUUCUGUUUCGUCAUGGGUCCCUCUUGUCAUCGCUGUUUGGGCUGCUCUUCAGUAUGGGAGCCAUCAGCGCAAAAUCCUUGCUGAAGACUUGGACAGAAAAUGGAAGCGAGCUAUCUUAAAUUCCUCGCCAAUGACUGCUGUGGAGCACUGUGAGUGGCUCAACAAGUUAUUGCUUGAAGUUUGGCCUAACUACAUUCACUCUAAGCUGUCAUCAAGGUUUUCUUAUGUAGUUGAGAGACGCUUGAAGUACCGGAAACCAAAGCUUGUGGAAAGAUUUGAACUUGAAGAGUUUUCUCUUGGUUCUUCUCCUCCUUGUUUGGGUCUUCAGGGAAUGCAUUGGUCAACUAUUGGAGAUCAGAAGAUAUUGCAUACAAGCUUUGUCUGGGAUACUGAAGAAAUGAGCAUUAUGCUGCUUGCUAAGCUAGCCAAGCCACUAUAUGGAGCUGCUCGUAUUGUUAUAAACCACCUCUACAUAAAGGGUGAUCUGCAAUUGACGCCUGUGCUGGAUGGAAGAGCAAUUCUUUUCUCCUUUUUAUCUGUUCCAGAGGUGAGGCUUGGAAUUUCCCUGGGCAGUGGUGGAAGUCAACUCCCCGGAAUGGAGCUGCCCGUUGUUUCUUCAUGGCUGGUAAAGUUAUUGACUGACACCUUAGUAAAGACUCUGGUUGAACCUCGGCGUCGUUGUUUUGCUCUAUCAGCUGCACAAACGGGAAAAUUUGCAGUUGGUGGCAUACUAUAUGUCACUGUAGUUGGUGCAUGCCAAAUUUCUAGAAAUGGAGUUAAAGGAAGCCCUACCAAAAGUCAAGUUGAUCUGAAUCAAGCCUCAGAAGAGUACCUUUUUAAGGAUCUAAAGACAUUUGUGGAGGUAGAACUUGAAGAGAUUACCAGGAGAACAGAUGCAAAACCAGGCUCUAGUCCACAAUGGGGUUCCGCAUUUAACAUGGUUCUACAUGAUAAUGCAGGAGUUGUUCGGUUCCGUCUUUAUCAAUGUUCUCCUGGUAGUGUGAAGUUUGAUCACCUCGCAACUUGUGAAAUUAAGAUGAGAUACUGUGAUGAUGGUUCCACUAUAUAUUGGGCAAUCGGACCUGAUGCAGGAGUCAUAGCCAAGCGUGCUGAGUGUUGCGGAAAAGAAAUUGAAAUGACUGUUCCAUUUGAGGCAGUAGAUUCAGGGGAGUUGAUGGUGAGACUUGUACUUAGAGAAUGGCAAUUUUCGGAUGGUACACAUAGUUUUGGUUUACAUUUUGGUGCUCGUCCAUCGUUAUCUGGAUUGUCAAACUCAAAGACUGGAAGAAAACUUAAAGUUACUGUUAAGGAUGCUAAAGAUCUUUCUGGAAAAGAAAAAUCCGGAAACACAUACGUUAAGCUGCAUUAUGGAAAGGUUGUCCAGAAAACAAAAGCUGUGCCACAUACCUCAAAUCCUGUAUGGGAUCAGAAAUUUGAAUUUGAUGAGAUUGCGGGGGGUGAAUAUCUCAAGUUGAAAUGUUUUGAUGAAGAUAUAUUUGGAGAUGAGCUCAUUGGUAGUGCAACUGUAAAUUUAGAAGGAUUGGAUGAGGAUUCAGUUAGGGAUGUCCCUGUUCCCCUUGAAAAAGUUAGUUCUGGGGAAGUAAGGCUUGAAAUUGUAGCUGUUAGACAGGGUUCCAAUGGUAGUGCUGGCUCUGGAUGGAUUGAGCUUGUUCUCAUUGAAGCCAAAGAUCUAGUCGCAGCAGAUAUCAGGGGAACGAGUGACCCAUAUGUGAAACUCCUGUACGGAAAUGAGACUAGAAGAACAAAGGUUGUGUUCAAGACAUUAAAUCCCAAGUGGAACCAAGUGUUUGAGUUUCCUGAUGAUGGAAGUUCACUGGAGUUACAAGUUAGAGACCACAAUGCUAUAUUGUCGUCAUCAAGUAUAGGCAACUGCGUAGUUGAAUAUCAGAGAUUGCCUCCGAACGAAGUAUUUCAGAAGUGGAUACCUCUGCAAGGAGUCAAGAAGGGCGAGAUACAUGUACAAGUAACGAGAAAAGUUCCAGAUUUGCAAAAGAGGUCCAGUUUAGAUUCUGAUUCAGCGUCGAACAAAGCUCAUACAAUCGCAGAUGAGAUGAAACUAUUGCUAAACGAGCUUCAGUCAUCUGUUGGAAUCAAUGAUCUCGAAGAACUAUCGAGUACACUAAGUGACCUUCAAAGUCUGGAGGACUCGCAGGAACAGUACAUGCUGCAACUCGAGACUGAAAGAAUGCUAUUACUUAACAAGAUUAACGACCUUGGUCAGGAGUUACUGAAUUCAUCCCCUAACCUCAGCCGGAGGAUUUCCUAUUAGCUACCGCUACCUAGCAGAAUCGUGCCGAGAUAGCUUAGGUUGGUUUGGUUAUAGUUGGUUAGAAAUAGGACACUGGUUUUGGAAGAAAUGAAGAUAGAUAGAUUGAAGGGAUGAAAAAAAGCACAAUAACUGUGAAUAACACAAACUUUUAUCGAUUUCUCUACAAUAAUACUAACUUUUGAUAACCAUGAAUAAUACCAACUUAGGGGGUGUUUGCCUAGAAUAAUACUAACUUUUAUUUAUAGUACGCUAUUUGACAAAAAAAACAAAGGUAAAUUAAUGGUUAAAUAAAAGCUGGUAUUAUUCUAGGAAACACACCCCUAAGUUGAUAUUAGUUGAUAUUAUUCAUUGCAGGGAAAUCAGCAAAAGUUUGUGUUAUUGAUAGUUAUUUUUCCUAAAUUAUGUAUGAUGUUGUAUAGCUUUUUAUGUGUAUAUAGUUGCUGUAUUUAAUUCUUUCACAAUAGUGAAGGCAUAAUAAAUUAUUGUAUUGGGAACAUUUCUUGGGAAGAAGCUGUUUUAUCAAGUAAUACUCUGCUGCUUUAA